GAUGACAUGUGUCAGCGAAUUUUCAAUUUCAUGAAAACGUCACGGUCAUGACAGGAGACUUUUGGUGUUGUGCAGAUAUUUUAUUUUAGUUUAGAAUAAAAAUGUCAGGAUCCAAGAAAAUGACGCUGCGCGUGCAGUCGUCGGAAGGCACGGCGCGCGUGGAGAUGACGCCGUCGGACGUGACGGCGCUGCUGUACGAGCGCGUGCACGACGCGCUGCACCUGAACACGUUCGGCUUCGCGCUGCACCGCGACCGCGCGCGCAAGGAGGAGAUCGCAUCCAGCAAGUCUCGCCGGCUCGGCGACUACGGCCUGCAGCACGGAGAUAUGCUCUACUUGAGCCCCGUCAAUGGAGCAGUGCUAUUUGAUCAACCCACAACUAGUGCAGAAGCAAAUAAUAAACCAUUUGGUGAGCCUGUCAUGGAGGCCGGACCUUCAUCAGUGCCACAAGCCCCCGCCCCCAACAGACCCGCCAUACAGGAGGAUGAAGUAGAUCUCGAGCUGUACAAGUCUUCUGGAAGCAUUCACAGGCAGCGAGACGAGAAAUUAUGUCAUCACAACUUGAAGGGGCGAUGCGUACACUGCUCCCCGCUGGAGCCUUGGGACGAGGGUUACCUGAAGGAGCACAAUAUCAAGCACAUGUCGUUCCACGCAUACCUCCGCAAGAUCACAUCUGGACAGUUCAUAUCCUUAGAUGAGUUGUCCUUAAAAAUUAAGCCUGGCUGCAAGGAGCACCCGCCGUGGCCGCGCGGCAUCUGCAGCAAGUGCCAGCCCGGCGCCGUGACGCUCAACCGGCAGCGCUACCGGCACGUGGACAACGUGCUGGUGGAGCACCCCGCGCUGGUGGAGCGCUUCCUGGCCUACUGGCGCGCCAGCGGCCACCAGCGCGUCGGCUACCUCUACGGCCGCUACGAGCCGCACCCCGACGUGCCGCUCGGCAUCCGCGCGCGCGUGGCGGCCAUCUACGAGCCGCCGCAGUCGGCGUCGCGCGACCACGUGCGGCUGGAGGCGGACGCGCGCGGCGCCGCGCUGGACGCGCUGGCGGCGCGCCUGGGGCUGCGCCGCGUGGGCUGGCUGUUCACCGACCUGCUGCCCGCCGACCGCGCCGGCGCCGUGCAGCACAUCCGCGGCGUGGACACCCACUUCCUGUCGGCGCAGGAGUGCAUCAUGGCGGGGCACUUCCAGAACGAGUUCCCGUCGGCGUGCCGCCACGCCUCCAGCGGAUACUUCGGCUCCAAGUUCGUGACCGUGUGCGUCACCGGCGACGACAGCCAGCGCGUGCACAUGGAGGGCUACCAGGUGUCGGGGCAGUGCCAGGCGCUGGUGCGCGACGGCGUGCUGCUGCCCACGCGCGACGCGCCCGAGCUGGGCUACAUCCGCGACUCGGCCGACGCGCAGUACGUGCCCGACGUCUACUACAAGGAACGCGACGCAUACGGCAACGAGGUGGGAGUGUCGGCCAAGCGAGUGCCCGUGGCGUACCUGCUGGUGGACGUGCCGUGCGGCGUGGCGGUGGACGGCGCGCCCGCCUUCAGCGCGCGCGCCGCCUUCCCGCCCGCGCACCGCGCGCUGCCCGGCCAGCUGCAGUCGCUGGCGCUGCUGCACCGCCACCUGCGCGAGGCCGGCUCCUUCCUCGAGGCGAUGUCGGACCUGCACGUGCUGCUGUACCUGAUGACCAACGAGGCGCUGCCGCUGUCGCUGGAGCAGCUGUCGCCGCUGCUGGCGGCCGUGCGCGCGCGCGACGCGGCGGCGGCGGACGCGUGGCGCGCGGCGCCGCACUUCGCCACGCUGGAGCAGCUGGCCGCCGCCGCCUGCGACGCCGCGCCGCUCGCGCCUGCGCACCACAGCGAAGCGGGCGUGUGGACGUGUCCGCUGUGCACGUUCCACAACGCGGACACACACGACUCCUGCGAAAUGUGCGCCAUGCCCAGGAACAACGCGAUGUAAUCGUCGGAGCGGCUCGCGUCCACAUCUAGCUUAACUUUAUUUUUAUAUCCGCGCGCACGCGCUCGUGCGGCUGUAUGUCCGGCUCCGGCCGGGCGGGGAUGUUGACUUGAAGAAUAAAUCCUAUGAAGACUA